AUGCCGAGGCCGAAAGCGCAGAUGGUACAGUACGAGUCGAGAGAAUCCGGGUAUUUGCGAGAACAGGGCAGAAAGGAGUGGGAAAGGGGGGUGUUUGUGUACGUGACAGUACGGGAAUACGGGAUGAUGAAGAUAUGGGCCUCUGUAAGACGGUUCACGGGUCAUUGUGCUACCAAGAUCUAUCAUCGGGAGAGGGGAGGGAAAGGCUAUCUCGCAGAGGUGGCCGUAAAAGGAAAUUUCAACAGAGCCUCACCACGAGGCACGGAGACAUCGUACCAUAUUGCCUUUUGCGAGGUGGGCAAGGGGCAGGAAAUCGCCUCCGCUAUACAGCGGGGAUAUAUCCAUUCCCAGUGGGGCAAAAAGUCAAAGGGUGACGAUAUCUUUAUCGGAAUCACCACAAGGUUUAUGUUUGCCGCGGUUAGCCACGUGGUAAUGACGGUGCGGUCGGCAGGGGACGCCAGCAAACUUGCGAAUUUCGGCUCCUGGCCGCCUGCCGUGAGGAGCUACUCUGCUUGGGGAAGGCUAAGCCUACGUAGUAAACAGCCAAGCACGAGGGCAGAUUAG